UGCAGACCGUGAUGAGAUCUAUCUCAAAAAUCAAAAUAUUAUAUUUUUAUAGUGCCUUUUGUUAUAGAAUUAAUAAAUUGAUCAAUCCAUCUAGUCCAUCUAGGUAAUAACUAAUAACUACUAUGUAUGACAUUUUUUUGUACCGGUACCAUCGAGAUAAAGUAUAAGUCUCGAUUACCGGUACUCAGCACCACGCCAGCACGGUUAUUUACUAGCACUUAACAACUGACGUCUUGCAAGUCUCAAAAUUUCAGUGAUUUCAAGUUCAACUGUUGUUUUUGAAGUACAAAUCAAAAUGGUUUUAUUUUCAUUUGUCAUGUCAUAAAUUUUGAAACACUCGCUUUUGGAUUUCACACAGGUGCAAUGUAAUAUGUUUGUGUUAUACAUAAAAUUAAUAUAAUAUAUUAAUUUUAAUAUGAGCGACAAAAAACUGAAGGGUCUUCGAAGAGAUCCGGCGUUGUAUCGAUCCAAGGUUUGGCGUCUUGCGGCUUACAGUCGAUUGUCUAUUGUGGUCCUGCAGUAUGUCUUCAAUGCACUGAUUCCAGAUCAUAAAGCUCAGGGAGUGUUCAUAUCGCCGGGCCUUCAUGACAAAGAUGAUACCAGUAUUGGCCGUACCGUAACUCAUAUCCUGGGUGGUUUCCUCCGUUGGGACGCUCAAUACUUCCAUCAUAUCUAUCAAUAUGGCUAUACAUAUGAAAAUACAUUGGCUUUUUUCCCGCUUUAUCCCAAUGUCUUACGGCUGUUAACAGCAAUUUUUCCUGGUCAUCCAAACACUAUGUUCCUCAUUGCAGGAGUAUUCCUCAACAAUAUCGUAUUUGUAUUCACUGCAUUGGUGUUAUUCAAUUUGACUUUACGCAUACAUAAAAACACAGAAAUGGCGUAUAAUUCAACAGUCCUGUUUUGUUUCAAUCCUGCUAGUGUUUUCUUCUCAGCUCCCUAUUCAGAAUCACUGUUCGCUUUUACAACAUUUUAUGGUAUGUAUCAUAAUGCAUGUGAAAGUAUUUGGAAGUCAUCGUUAUUUUUUGGUUUCUCAGUGUUGAACAGGUCCAACGGACUACUAAAUGUUGGCUUUUUGUUAUAUACUAUUGUUGAAUCGGUCGUCAAGAAAAGAAAAAUAUCAUUCAAAUGCCUUAUUGGUGUAUGUUUUGUUUUUGCAUGUUUCUGUUUGUUCCAACUCUAUGGAUAUAAUAAAUUCUGCACUCUGCAAGAACACACAUUGGAUCCCAAAGUUAUUAACUAUGCUAUUACAAACAACCUAAUAACACCAAACAACAUUAGUGUGCCAAUGUGGUGUGGUAAGCGCUUACCAUACUCUUAUGUUCAAGAAAAAUAUUGGAAAAAUAUGGGUUUCUUAAGUUAUUUCAAAUUCAAACAGAUUCCUAAUUUUCUAUUGGCUUUGCCUUGUGUUUUUCUACUGUUAAAUUUUGGUUUUGAAUAUUUUCGUAACAAUAAUAUCAUUUAUUUGGGUCUUAGAAAUCGAGAUAAAUCAGAUUUUGUAUAUGUCGUCCAUUCAACAUUUUUAACCAUUUUUUGUUUGUUUUGUAUACACGUUCAAGUGACCACUAGAAUGUUAGCGUCUUCUAGUCCAGUGUUUUAUUGGGCUUGUGCGAAUUAUUACAAAUGUCCACUAAAUUUCAAUAAAAUAACAUACAGCCGUAUAACCUAUGAUUUUAAAUCUAAAUUUGUUACAUUGUACUUUUUUACAUAUUUUAUUGUUGGCACAGCGUUUUUUGUGAACUUUUUACCAUUCACAUAGCAGACAAAUGUUAUCAUUCGUUAUUUUUAGGUAUCAUUUUUAUGAAACAAAUAUACAUGAUAUUUAACUAAAAAAUGUAAGCUGUAAAAUUAAUUAAAGUGUAAAAAUAUAGGUCAUUUAAUUGUAUGAGUUCUAUUUGAAAAGAACAAAUGUUAUUACAAGUGUUAAUUAUUAUAGGUAUAUAUUUUAAUUGUUAAAACUCAAAUUAUAAUAUUUUACCAUGUUAUACUAGAAAUUUAUUUUUUAUUCUGCAUUGUUAUUUGAUUUGGGAAUGUUUUUUUAUUAUAUUUUUUAUUUGUUCAAUAGAUUGAUACAUAUUUUAUGAUGAAAUAAUAAAGACUUAAAUUAAGACUGAUAUUUAAUAA